CUUUGUAACAAGAAAACAUAAUAUUGGAGAGACUCUUCAGUCUUCACAACUAUUCUCCCUCGCACCCUCUUUCUCAGCUUCUCUUCUAACUGCAGCAGAAAAUAAAAUGACUGAAACCUUGAUCUCAGCUUCCCUUCAACUGCUGUUUGACCGCAUCGCCUCUCAAGACUUCAUAAACUUGUUGUCAGGCCGAAAUGACGGUGAUAGACUCCUAAAGAAGCUGAAGGCAACCUUGGGAGCCCUUGAAGCAGUGGUCAAUGAUGCGGAGGACAAGCAGUUCACUAGCCGAGCGGUGAAGGAUUGGCUUGACGAGCUCAAAGAUUCUGUGUACCAUGCUGAUGACUUACUAGAUGAGAUCGCCACCGAGGCCUUGCAAAGCAAGUUGAAGGCAGCGGAGUCAUCAAAGGGCAGCAGGAAUCAGGUACGGCACAUUGUCUCCAAGCUUGCUUCUCCAUUUCAUGAAGGGAUAGAGUCUAGGUUGGAGGAGAUCAUUGAUACCCUGGAUGAUUUUGUCAAACAAAAAGACAUCCUUGGUUUGAAAGGCGAUGUUGAAAGGAAACAUUCGCAAAGACAACAAACAACUUCUCUAGUAGAUGAAAUUGGUGUUGUGUACGGUAGGGAUGAUGACAUAGAGAAGAUAAUUAAUUUGUUGUUGUCUGAUGAAGUAGUCACUAGCAAUGAUCAUGAGAUCCCUGUCAUACCCAUUGUGGGAAUGGGUGGGGUGGGCAAGACAACCCUCGCCCAAGUUGCAUACAAUGAUGCUAGGGUGAUUCAGAGUUUUAAAAUUAAAGCAUGGGUUUGUGUUUCUGAUGAAUUUGAUGUUUCUAUGGUAACAAAGAAAAUUGUUGAGGCUGUCACCGCAUCAAGCAGUGACACCGGUGACUUAAAUUUACUUCAAAUCAAGUUAAAAGAACGUUUAAAGGGGAACAGAUUUUUACUCGUUUUGGACGAUGUUUGGAAUGAGAAUUACAAUGAUUGGGACCUGUUGAGAAGACCCUUUAGCACUGGGGAACGGGGAAGUAGGAUCAUCGUAACAACACGCCAUGAGAAUGUUGCAAGAGUCAUGUGCAGUGUUCCUAGUCAUCACUUAGACCAACUUUCGUUUAAGGAUAGUUGGUCAUUAUUUGCUAAGCAUGCAAUUCAGAAUGGAUAUUUUACUACCCAUCCAGACUUGGAGAUGAUUGGUAAAGAAAUUGUGGUCAGGUGUAAAGGCUUGCCUUUAGCAGUAAAAUCACUCGGAGGUCUCUUGCGAUCUAAACUGGAUAUUGAGGAAUGGAAAAAUAUCUUAGAAAGUGAGAUGUGGCAUACGCAGAGUAAUAUUCUUCCAGCUCUAAGAUUGAGUUAUCAUUAUCUCCCUUCACAUUUAAAGCGAUGCUUUGCAUAUUGUUCAAUUUUUCUUAAAGAUCACAAAUUUGAAAAGGAAAAGUUAGUCCAGUUAUGGAUAGCAGAAGGCUUUGUGCUGCGACAUCCUAAAGGCAAUAAAUCAUUGGAAGAUGAAGGUUUCAACUACUUCUCGGAACUGUUAUCAAGGUCAUUUUUUCAGCAAUUAAGUGGCACCAGUUCCUUCUUUGUAAUGCAUGACUUGAUCCAUGAUUUAGCUGAAUUUAUAUCCGGAGAGUUUUGUUUUAGGUUAGAGGAUGAUCAUGACAAGGUACGUGAUCUCUCUAAAAAGGUCCGUCAUUUCUCAGUUGUUCAAGGUAAAUAUGAUACAAUUGAGAAAUUAAAUGUUGUCAACAAGGCUAAGUAUGUACGGACUUUCAUAUCAUUUUCGCAAUGGAAAGGAAAUUUCCUAAGCAAAAAGGUCUUGCACGAUAUCCUGCCAAGCUUGAGAUGCUUAAGGGUGUUAUGUUUACGUGGUUAUGAGAUUUUCGAAUUGCCUCAAACAAUUGACAAGUUGAUACAUUUACGCCAUAUGGAUCUCUCCAACACAAGACUGAAACGGUUACCUGAUUUAAUUUCAACCUUGUGCAAUCUACAAACAUUGAAUUUGUCAGGUUGUGGAGAUCUCAUCGAGUUGCCUACGGAUAUUGGGAAGCUAAUUAACUUGCUUCAUCUGAAUGUUGCUUUUACUAAGCUAACAAAGUUGCCUGCAGGUAUGAGAGAAUUAAUUAACUUGCACUCUCUUGAUACUAGGGGAACUACUUUAACAGAAAUGCCAAUGCAGAUGAGCAGGCUUGUAGGUCUCCGACAUUUAACAUAUUUUGUAGUCGGUAGGGACAGUGGGUCAAGGAUCAGUGAGUUGAGGGCACUUUAUCAUCUUCAUGGGGAACUCUCCAUUUCUGAGCUGCAAAAUGUGGUCAAUUGUAGGGAUGCACUGGAGGCCAAUUUCAAGGAUAAGAAGCACCUUGAAGGGUUAAAAUUGGAAUGGAGUGGAAAUACUCGUGCUUCACAAAAUGAAAGUGAUGUACUUGACAACCUAAAACCUCAUACAAACUUGAAGUAUGUUACGAUCAAAGGCUUUGGAGGCAGAAGACUUCCAGGUUGGUUAGGAGAUUUUUGCUUCUCUAAUAUAGUGCGUUUACAUCUUUCUAAUUGUGAGUAUUGUGUCUGCUUGCCACCACUUGGGCGGCUAUUGUCUCUAAAACACCUUUCUGUUCAUGGGAUGAAAGAAGUAAGGAAGGUGGGUGAGGAGUUUUAUGGGAAUGCUUCUUUGUUCAAACCAUUUCAAUCUUUGGAGACACUACACUUCGAGAAUAUGGCAAAAUGGGAAGAAUGGCGCCAUGUAUUAGGGGCUGAUGAGUUUUUGUGCCUACUAGAGCUUUCUCUAUUCCGGUGUCCCAAGUUGCGCGGGGAAUUACCCAACAACAUUCCAUGUUUACGGACGCUCAGAAUUUCUGAAUGCCAACAACUAGAGUCUAAUGGAGUUGGGUUGCAGCUACAACACCUCUCUUCCUUAAGGCAAUUGAAAAUUUCAGAUAUGUCAAACUUAAGGCAAUUGUCGUCGGAGCUGCAAAACCUGUGUUCUCUUCAAGAAUUGGAGAUUUCAAACAUGAUGCAAUUGCCUUCGGAGUUGAACCAGCUGCAUUCCCUGAAGAAAUUGACGAUUUCAAAGAUGCCGAACCUGGAGGAACUGCCGUUGGAGCUGUGGAGAUUAAUAAAUCUGGAAAAAUUGCAGAUAGAACAAUGCUCAAGCCUUGUGUCAUUUCCGGACUUUACAUUGCUGCCGAUUCUCAAGACUUUGGAGAUCAAAAACUGUUACGCUGUACAGUCCCUACCCCUGGAAAUGAUGCGCUUCAACAGUUGCCUUCAAGAUUUAUCCAUAAUCGGUUGUUCAUCUCUUGUCUCUUUCCCGGUUGGUAAAUUGAAAAAUAUUUACAUCUCUGAUUGCGAGAAAUUGGAGUUUCCCAUGCAUAAUGAAAUGGAACCGUGCUCCACAUCCUUUGAACGUUUGCAUAUAUCCAAUAGUUGUAAUUCUCUAGAAACUUUGCCAUUGCGUUUCUUCCCCAAGCUUCUUUCUCUCAAUAUCUCGAGCUGCCAUACAAUGGUAUCGUUUCCCCAUGGAGGAUUAUCUGCUCCAAAUCUGAAGUUUCUUACAGUCGAAUUUUGCAGGAAGCUCAAGUCCUUGCCGCAACGAAUGAACACCAAACUUCAGUCUCUUCAAUCUUUGAAGAUAAGGGACUGUCCAGAGGUUGAAGCCUUUCCGGAUGGAGGCUUGCCUUCCAACCUACGUGAACUUGAGAUCGAAAAUUGUGAGAAACUCAUGAAGCGCCGCGUGGAGUGGGGUUUGCACAGACUCCCGUGUCUUGAACUGUUCACGACCAACGGUGAAUACAGAGAAGAAGUGUUGGAGUCAUUUCCGGAGGAGGGGCUAUUUCCCGCCACUCUUAGCUCUCUUUACGUCUGGUUUCUUCCAAAUCUGAAAGCACUGAACUACAAGGGCCUUCAACGUCUCACCUCUCUUACAAGUCUACACAUCUGGAGCUGCCCUAAGGUCCAGUGCUUGCCAGAAGAGUGGUUACCCAACUCCCUCUCUUUCCUGCACAUACGCAACUGUCCAUUGCUGAAACAACGUUACCAGGGGCAGAAAGGGAAAUAUUUGUCCAAGAUUGCUAAAAUCCGCCACAUAAAGCUCGAUAAUGAAGACAUCUUGAACUUUUGACAGAAACUCAUGCUCACAUUGGAUCCUUCUGGUUUUUAUUCACGCUGGGAAAACCCCAAAUUCCAGUCAGCCGAAGAUUUAUGCCAACAGGAUACAAAUGUAAUGUGGCUAUGGAACCAAUUUGCAAGGCUAAGCAAGAACGAAAGCUAGGAUAUACAAAUGAGCACCGAUGAAUUCAAUGGCGAUGCCAACUAUAUCAACACUGGUUUUUGCUAUGUGAGACCAAACAAUAGGACCAUCUCAUUGUUUCAGACAUGAGGACAUACGGAUGUGAUUGGAUUCUGAUCCAUCUUCGAAAAACUGUCGCAGAAUCACAAAAUAGUGGCCUCAUGCACAGCUGUGCUGAAGAGAUUCUUGUGGAAUAAAAGGAGUACAUAUCUUCGGGGACAUACAGACGCGUGGAUAAUAGCGUUGGAUAGCUGAGAUAUUAUUACAAAAUCGUGGCCUUUCAGCAACAAAAUAACAAUGUCUUGGCCUCCUGCACUGCUUGGAGUAUCUUAUGCCUCAUCUCUUACUGUUUCAACA